AUGGAUCACCUGACUGCGCUCUUUCAAGAGAUGUGGCCUCAAGGUGAAGUCCCGCAAGAUUUCAAAUACGCAACAAUCGUGCAUCUAUACAAGCGAAAAGGGAACCGCCAAGUCUGCGACAAUCACCGCGGCAUCUCCUUGCUGAAAAUCACCGGGAAGAUCUUCGCCCGCAUCCUUCUCAACCGCCUCAAUAAUCAUCUCGAAGAGGGCCUCCUACAGGAAAGCCAAUGCGGCUUCCGUCGUCAUCGCGGGACCACGGAUAUGAUCUUCGCCGCCCGCCAACUUCAGGAGAAGUGUCAGGAGAUGCGGACCCACCUGUACUCUACCUUCGUGGACCUGACGAAAGCCUUCGACACGGUGAAUCGUGAAGGACUGUGGAAGAUCAUGCAGAAAUUCGGCUCUCCGGAGCGAUUCACUCAGAUGGUGCGUCAGCUGCACGAUGGUAUGAUGGCGCGAGUCACGGACAACGGAGCUGUCUCAGAGGCAUUCGCAGUGACCAACGGAGUGAAGCAGGGCUGUGUGCUGGCGCCUACCCUCUUCAGUCUUAUGUUCUCUGCCAUGCUGAUGGACGCCUACCGCAACGAACGCCCCGGGAUCCGCAUCGCCUACAGGACGGACGGUCACCUCCUGAAUCCACGGCGGAUGCACUUCCAAUCGCGCGUAUCCACAAACACCGUUCACGAACUUCUCUUCGCCGACGACUGCGCCCUGAACACCACCUCGGAAGAGGAGAUGCAACGGAGCAUGGACCUGUUCUCCGCCGCCUGCGAGAACUUCGGUCUGGUCAUUAACACGCAGAAGACGGUGGUCAUGCACCAACCGCCAUCCAACACAGCCCCUCCCCACAAUGCGCCGCAGAUCAGCGUGAACGGAACCCAACUACAAGUGGUGGAGAACUUCCUGUACCUGGACAGCACCCUCUCCCGCAGCACCAAAAUCGACGACGAGGUAGCCUGCCAUAUUUCUAAGACAAGUCAAGCCUUCGGCCGCCUUCGAAGCAUAGUUUGGAAUCGUUACGCUCUCCAGCUCAGCACAAAACUGAAGAUGUGCAAGGCUGUAUGGAUGCUGUAUGGAGCAGACGUGGAUGGUGUACACGAAGUAGGCAUGCCGACUCAACCAAUUCCACUUCAGAUGUCUCCGACGGAUACUGACGCUGAGGUGGCAGGAUCGAAUCCCCGACACUGA